UGUGAGAGGACUCUCACGGGGCGGGUUAAGGCGCUUCAGGAGCGAGCGCUGAGAUUUCCAAUGAGGAUCCCAACGCUUGGGGCAGUAUUUCUUUUACUGAGUCAGAACCAGCGCUGAGCCCCCAGAGCAGAGAUCCAACUUUCUGGCAGCCUGUUGAAAGGGGGCUUCUCUUCGAAACAGAACAAUGCCACUACUCAGGUCACUCUCGGUGACCUCUUUGAGCGGGCUCCCUUUCUGGGAGGAUGAAAGUUUGCCUGUGGAAGAUUUGAUGUUCUUUGAGAUUUCAUGGGAAGUCACUAACAAAGUUGGAGGUAUCUAUACUGUAAUCCAGACAAAGGCUAAAGUGACAGCAGAUGAAUGGGGAGAAAACUAUGUGCUAAUUGGCCCAUAUUAUGAACAUAAUGUGAAGACGCAAGUGGAAGUAUGUGAGCCAAAUAACGCAGCUGUGAAAAAGGCCAUAGAUUCUUUGAAAUUCCAGGGAUUUCAGGUUUGCUUCGGCAGAUGGCUAAUAGAAGGUAAUCCGUAUGUGCUGUUGUUUGACAUUAGCUCCGCAGCCUGGAAUCUGGACAAAUGGAAAGGAGAAUUUUGGGAUACUUGCCACAUUGGCAUACCUCAUUAUGACAGUGAAUCAAAUGAUGCUGUAAUCUUUGGUUCCUUAACUGCCUUGUUUUUGAAAGAGCUUACUGAUCAGUUCCACGGCAAACCAAACAUCAUUGCCCAGUUUCACGAAUGGCAGGCUGGAGUGGGGCUCAUACUGAGCAGAAUCCGAAAGUACCCCAUUGCAACAAUCUUCACUACUCACGCCACGUUACUGGGCAGGUACCUCUGUGCUGGCAAUGCUGACUUUUACAACCUCCUUGAUAAGUUUAAUGUUGACAAGGAAGCGGGGGAAAGGCAGAUUUACCAUCGCUAUUGUAUGGAGCGAGCCAGUACCCACUGCGCUCAUGUGUUUACGACUGUCUCUGCCAUCACUGCUGUCGAGGCAGAGAACAUGAUAAAGAGAAAACCAGAUGUCAUUACCCCGAAUGGCUUGAAUAUUAAGAAGUUCUCUGCCAUGCACGAAUUUCAGAAUCUGCAUGCCUUGUACAAGUCACGCAUCCAAGAAUUUAUUCGGGGCCACUUCUAUGGCCACCUGGAUUUCAAUUUGGAAAAGACUCUCUUCUUCUUCAUUGCUGGUAGAUAUGAAUUUACGAAUAAAGGAGCUGAUGUAUUCAUAGAAGCUUUGUCAAGGUUAAACUUUCUCCUCCGGGUUCACAAAUGUGAUGUAACAGUAGUGGUGUUCUUCAUAAUGCCAGCAAAAACACACAACUUUAACGUUGAAACAUUGAAGGGGCAGGCAGUCAGAAAACAGCUCUGGGAUACUGCCCACUUGGUCAAGGAGAAAUUUGGGAAGCGACUUUAUGAAGCAUUGUUAAGAGGAGAGACCCCGGAUAUGAACAAGUUCUUUGAUCGUGAUGACUUGACCAUAAUGAAAAGAGCAAUCUAUGCAACUCAGCGCCAAACACUGCCUCCAGUAACCACGCACAACAUGAUUGAUGACAGUAAUGACCCCAUCCUCAACAUGAUCAGACGAAUUGGACUGUUCAACAAUCGGGCAGACCGGGUCAAGAUUGUUUUCCAUCCUGAGUUUCUGUCAUCCACGAGCCCACUUUUGCCAAUGGAUUACGAAGAAUUUGUUCGAGGUUGUCAUCUUGGUGUUUUCCCAUCUUAUUAUGAACCUUGGGGAUACACUCCCGCUGAGUGCACAGUAAUGGGAAUUCCCAGCGUGACUACCAACCUAUCUGGAUUUGGUUGUUUUAUGCAGGAGCAUGUGGCAGAUCCAACAGCCUAUGGGAUUUAUAUAGUAGACCGUAGAUUCCGAUCACCUGACGAAUCUUGCAAUCAGUUGACUCAGUUCAUGUUUGGGUUCUGUAAGCAGUCACGUCGCCAGAGAAUUAUCCAGAGAAACCGAACUGAAAGGCUUUCUGAGCUUCUAGACUGGAGAUACUUGGCUAGAUACUACAUGUAUGCCCGCCACCUUGCACUGAGCAAAGCCUUCCCAGAAAAAUUCCAAAUGGACCCAAUCAUUCCCCCAUUGACUGAGGGGUUCAAGUAUCCCAGGCCAGCAUCUGUGCCCCCAUCCCCUUCAGUGUCACUGCAUUCAAGCCCACAUCAGAGUGAUGAGGAGGAUAAUGACGAUGAGCGAUAUGAUGAGGAUGAAGAGGCAGAAAAGGAUCGAAGAAAUAUUAAAACUCCAGCUUUCUCUGGUCCAGUUCCUAUAGGAAAGAGCCAGUCAGAUUUGGAAUAUCAAAAUUGAAUAGAUAGCUAGCUUUACCACUUGGAAAAUCUAUAAUUACAAUACUUAUGUACAUGGAUAGCAAAUGCAGGGGGAGCUGGUUACAAGUUACAUGGAGACUAGGAAGAUCUCUCAUACUCCAAUGUCAAAUGUGUAUUGGAAGCUUAUGUAAACUUGCAGAUGACUUACAGUAGCUAAAGAAAAAAUGAGUCCUAUGAAUAUUAGGUAAAUUCCAUAGCCUGGUAGAUACUUAAAUUUUCCCUUGAAAAGAUUUAAUCAAUUCUUCCUGUGGUGCAUCUGAUCAGUUCUAAAGGUUUGAAAACAGAUGAACUUAUUUCUAGUAAUUUUGAGUCUGAGUUUCAUGAACUUACAAGACAACCACCCUUGUGAUUUCUGUAACGCACUUGACCACUUCUAUAAAUGAGGGUUAUUUUAUUAGAAUAUUUAUGGCAUUUUAUAAUUGAGUCACGUUCAAUUCGUGAUUCUUAUUGGGUAUCAUGUUUCUCUUUGGGUGUUAUGUUGGCGAUUUAAUGUUUCGGAAAUAAAGGCAUAGUAGAUAACACUUUUUUU